GGGAGCAUUAUAGUAGACUACACAAUUAGUGCAACAUCUAGCAGCCCUGAUUUUACUUCUGCAAACACACAGCUUGCCAACAAUCUCAAGCAGGCAGGACUCCCUGUGGAUCCCACCUUAUUUGCUGAAAGUGUGCCAGCACUCCUAUUCAACACCAAAAAUAAAAUAUAUCCUAUGCAAAGGCUGGAUCUGAGAUGUACACGCCCAGCGUCUGUUGCGGGAGCAAUAACAUGGACCGUGAAUAAGAUUAAUCCUGCACUAGAUCCUGUGAGAUAUUCAAUUAUUGAAAGUAACACAGGUAGCACUCUCACUGUGAAGAACGCAAGUGAAAGUGACAGUGGUAGAUACUCAUGCAUCAUAAAUAGGAACACGAUACCUUAUAUUCAGUGGCAAGACAUUGUUAUUGAACAACGUCCCAAAAUUGAAGUUGACCCUGAUCGAGUAUUUGAGUGCAAGGAUCAGAUUGUCCAAAUUAAAUGUUGUGCUGCGCUCUACAGUAUUGAGUGGGACCGGAUUCCUGAUGGUGAUCAAUUGGGAAAUUCAGAACCUAACUGCAUCAUAUUACAACAUAAGCUCCUGAAAAUAAAUUGUGGGAGUGUGGAAACCUUUACAUGUCAACUCAAAGACCUGAAAGAGCUACAAGGUUACAGUUACAGCAGGAAAGGCGUCAGCAUUAAAACAAGUGACAAAAAAAUUGACUGUACAAAUGAAAAACUUGGAAUUGGACAAAUAGGUGAACAAGUAAAUGGACCGUGUGAAAAUGGCAGGAUAGGCUUCAUAACUUAUCAAUGUCAAUUAGGUGGCUGGAGGGAGAUCCAGAUCGAAUGUGUACUUCCUAUUCUUGCAUCCCUUCAAAGUGAAGUUCAGGUCUUGACUGAGGAAAAAAUUCCACGCUUUCUGGAAAGCCUCAGUAACGCCACUGUGCAGAACAGCAUCAACAUAUCACAGUCUGCCUCGGAUGUCAAAGCAAUUGUUGAUAUGCUCCAUCAAUUAACUAUCAUCUCAACAAACAUGACCAUUGAUAAGACUGUGAUGAACACAUAUCUUAAAACAGUGGAUGUUAUUGUAUCAGAUCAAACUAAUAACACAUGGGCAGAAUUAAACAAUGGCAACACAACAUCAAAUACCAGCACUGCACUUUUGUUUGCUAUUGAGGUCACAAGCAAUCGUCUGUCAGAUGUGAAUUUUGCUUUAAAUGAAUCCUCCAUUCAGUUGGAAAGAACCUUAAUACGCAACUCAUUCAAUUCAACUUCACAACAGCCAAACUCAACUACGCAGAUCAUGUUGUCAAACGUUCCUGAACCGACCUUCGUAACUCUUAUAUUCUUCUCAAAUCUUGACAAUGUUCUACCAACUCGUAAUACUUCUAAAAAUGACACCGGUACAUUCGAAAACCAGAUCAAUGGCGACGUGGUUGUGAUAAAGGUUAACCAAACAGUUAAUAAUAUUUCUCUAACUUUUGACAUUACAAAUGAGCAACUUGUAAAUCCUCAAUGUGUCUUUUGGAACUUUAAUCUGGAUCGAUGGGAUUCCAAUGGAUGUAAAGUCAAGCACUCAGGGAAUGGCAAAGUUACAUGUGAAUGCAACCACACAACCUCUUUUUCAAUCCUCAUGUCAAAGAAUUUUAUGGAUGAUAAGGCAUUGUCCUAUAUCACAUACAUUGGUGUAGCUAUUUCAAUGGCCAGCUUGGUUUUAUGUCUCAUUAUUGAGAUUAUCGUAUGGAAGUCAGUGACAGAAAAUGACACGGCGUACAUUCGUCAUGUCUUUGUAGUUAACAUCGCUGUGUCGCUGCUGAUCGCAGACAUCUGGUUUAUCAUUGGAGCUGCAAUUGCUAAACCAGGAGAGUCUACACCGGUGAAUCCCUGCAGUGCAGUGGUUUUCUUCAUUCACUUUUUUUACCUGGCUCUUUUCUUCUGGAUGUUAACUUCAGCACUUUUGCUCCUUUACCACACUGCCUUGGUCUUUUCUCAGAUGUUAAUGGCUAAAAUGAUGCUCAUUGCCUUCAUGCUUGGUUAUUGUGCACCUUUGCUCAUAGCGGUUAUUACCGUCGCAUCCACAGCUGGAGCUGGUAGAUAUAUUUGGACGAGAGAUGCAUGUUGGCUGAACUGGUCUGAAUCUAAGGCCCUGCUGGCAUUUGUGAUUCCAGCUCUGACCAUUGUUGCCUUUAACCUCCUGGUUUUGAUUGUGGUUUUAUAUAAAAUAGUUAGGAGAAAUGUCAAUGCUGCAACUCAAACAGAUGAGAAACACACCCUUGUUGUCAUUAUCCGAUGUGUGGCCUUUCUGACUCCUAUUUUUGGACUAACAUGGGGAUUUGGAGUGGGAACCAUGGUGUCAAAUGUGUAUGGCCUUCAUGUGGUGUUUGCCAUCCUCAAUUCAUUUCAGGGUUUCUUUGUUUUAGUGUUUGAAACACUUCUGGACAGCAAGGUCCGACAGUCACUGGCAGGAAAGUUGAAGAGCACUACUUCUACAGGACCAUGUUCUUCAGUCAAACUGGGUUGCUUUGGAUGGAUGCGGCGUAAACAUGUUUACCACGUAUCUGAUCCCAACCAUUUCUCAAGACCAUCAUCAAACAAGACAGGAGUCUCAUCAAGUUAAUAAACUUUCCCCACCAUUGACCAGUUAUCUCGCCAAUUAAGAGAAAACAUUUGUAUGAAAAAACGUGUUCCUGAUGAGGUUUCAUGGUUAUCUGUAAUACCGUGAUUAUGAGAUUAUCCAAUUUAUUAAAAAAAACUGAAGCAAAAAAUAAUUUCUUAAUUUUGUACUCUGUGCAUGUUUUGAUAAUCAUUCUGAAUCUGUUCUCUAACAAAUUCCUUCACAAAAAUGCAAUUAUUUCAGCUUUUUGCUAAAUAAAUAUUUUUCAAGAAAAAUACCAAUAUUUAAGAGUUUAU